AUGCGUGACUCUGAAUCAAAAUCGGCUGGUCCCAAAGUCUACUACUGCAAUUGCCCGAGGUUCUGCAAAGUCCAAACACGAGUGUCAAAGACGACAUACUAUGCACAUAGACAAUAUCGUGAAGGCAGCUCUACCCGAACAUCACACCGAGAUUCCACUUCAUCAUCAUCAGUGAACUCUGCGGCAACACAUAUAGCUGGUGGGGAGCCUCGCGAACUCGAAAUCUCAACCGCUCGCAAGCGUAGGCACGAAGAUGACCAUGAGCUGCAGCAAUUGUCAUCUGCUGUUGAUCCUGGAAGCCUUGCUGAUCCUCUCGACGGAGCACUCCCUGAUAUGCCACUUCCUGACUCAGCUGUGCAUUCAUCUGCUGCAGUGAAUGAUGACAACUUCGCAGAUGAGUUUGAUGACAUGCUCUGUGCACCACGGAUUGAAGAACUGAGGAUUGCCGCAGAUUUCAAGCGCCUGCUGGCAGAUGCGAGUUGGGAAAACUCAGAUCUUGACAAGGACACUAUACACUGCUUGCAACAUCCAUUGGAAGAGCCUCUCAGCAUCGAUGAAGAUCCCGAUCUGCUGUAUUCUAUAGAGCUUUAUCUCGCCGUGGGAUCUGCCUCUCAACGUGUCUAUGAAUCCGUGUGUCAAGCUGGGUUACGACGAUUUCCAAAUGUCAAGAUCCUUGCUUAUGACUAA